UGAAUUGCAGCCAACUUCACGCAGCUGUUUUGGAACUUUCAAUUCUCAGUUUUGCAUUUCUCACACACAUUUCACGCUCCAAACAUGUCGAUCUCGAACUAUAGACUGCAGACCAAGGUGCGUCUGCAGCCGUUGGUGCUGUUCCAGAUUAUUGCCGCCUAUGAGCGUCGCCCCAAAACGGCCAAAAUGGCUGUGGGCACACUUUUGGGUCGCCGCGACAGAUGCAACGACAUUAUCGAAAUAACGAACAGCUACACGGUGCAGCACAAGGAGCAGCAGAUCGGCGAAAUGGAGCAAUUCAAGCUGGACACACAGUACGCCAGCGAGAUGUUCGAACUGAAUCAGAUCACCUAUCCGCAGGAGAAGAUUAUCGGCUGGUAUAGCACAGGCAAAUCCCUGUCGCGCUCGGCGGCCGCCCUGCAUGCGUAUUAUUCGCGCGAAUGCGGCGAUUUGCAGCCGCUGCAUUUGCUGGUUGAUACGACGCUGCGCGGCGGACAUCUGAGCACACGGCUCUAUUGCGGCGUCACGAUGGGCGUGCCGGGCGGUACGCGGGGGCUGCUGUUCACGCUGCUGCCGCUGCUCAAGCUGAACACGGAGGGGGAUGAGUCGGUGGCGCUCCGACUGAUGCAGAAGCAGGCGCUGCAUCCGACCAAGCAGCUGGGCCGCAUGCUGCCGGAGCUGGUGCACGUGAUGGAGGCGACACGUGAGCUGGAGCAAAAGCUGGAGCUGGUGAUGCGCUACAUCAACGAUGUCCUGGCACGCAAACGUCGGCCGGACAACAACAUUGGACGUGCUCUGCACGAUGCUCUGACUUCGGUGCCGCUUCUGGAUGCGGAGAGUUUUCGUCUCAUGUUCAAUGCGAAUGUCCGCAACAUGCUCAUGAGCAUUACACUGUCCACCAUGAUCAAGACCCAGAUGGAGCUCAGCGAAAAGUUGUCCUAUCUGCCCGACCACUAAACAUCGCACACUGAUUGUCCCUCGAUUAUCCCACAAAUACGAUUCUUAAUAAACAAUUGACAACGGGCUGGCAAAUAAAACCCCACAGGCACGCAUUAUAAAAUCGA